AAUAUGUCCAGUGAUCAGUUCACUAAAUAAACCCUCCAGCGAUGGUCAAGCUAAUGCUAAAUCUUGUUAUUCUAAGCCUGAUUGUGUGCCUGACAUCAGCACUCAGUACGCAAUCCAUUGUCCACCGGAUGAAGAUUUGCUUUGAGCCUCGUUCGUAUGGCAACUGCCGCAACCGUCAGGCGCGUUGGUAUUAUGACCAAUGGUCCAAAACCUGCCAUGCGUUCUUCUACAGCGGCUGCGGUGGAAAUUAUAAUCGAUUCAUUACCAAAAACGCAUGCAUGUCGUACUGCAGGGACCCGCAAAUUCCUUACGACAAGAAGUAAUGAUAACUAGUCUAUAUAGACUAUUCACAUUCUUGUGCUACAACAGAAGAAAAAACUUGUAGAAAUCAAACAAAAUAAUGCAAAAUGUGAGCCUGCUGGUGAAAAAACAGAAAUAGAAAACAAACAAAAAAUCAUUUUUAAAAAUUAAAUGUUUCUUUAGCCUAG